AUGAAGGUGGGAUCUUCCCCUUUGACCGGCCUCUUGGGCUGCCCCCAAGAGAUCAUCGAUGCCAUUCUUGCGGAGCUGCGACCAAACUUGGCGAGUAUUGCGUCCGUCACUCGUGUGUGUCGUAGGCUUAACUCGGCUGCCACUCCAAACCUGUAUGGCUCAGUCAUAAUAUGGCGACCGAUCCACGCGGAUCGCCUCGCCAGAACAAUCAAGGGUAACCCGCGCCUCAUUCCCUUCAUUCGAAUGUUGCAACUUCACUACCGCGCUAUCCCACAUUCCAUGACCAACGAGCGGCAUAUGGCCAUACUCGUUAAUACCCUAAGCUUUGAGUCAACCAUUGGGAAAUUGCCCAAUCUUAGUUCUCUGGUCAUGAAGACGGACUGUUUCCCAAAUCCGGUCAAUCUGAGACUGUUUCGUAAACCCGAUAAUCUGUCAAACCUUCGUUCAUGUGAGAUUUCUAUCAGGCUACAGCCAAACCUCAUUGAACUUCCCAGUGGUUCUAAUGACAUUCCAGGCUCACUCGGACACGACUCAUCUCUCUGGCAUCGGUGGAUCCUCAAGCCCGUUGAUACUGCCUUCUUUCAUUCGGGCCUCGAAAGCCUCGCCCUCUCUCACUGUGUCAUUCGGGGACACAGACAGAAUAUUCCAAAAAACACACCGACCCGGUCAACAUCAUUGAAGAGUCUCAUGUUACUGAACUGUGAAAUCAGCACAUCCGGUCUCGCGAGGCUUAUGGAAUAUCCGCGUGCAUUGGAAAGUUUUACUUUCAAGGGCGAGUCUCGUGGAAAUGAAGAGGACAUGCACCAAGGAUAUACCCGACAAAUGUACGUGGAAGCCCUCCAGGCACAGUCCUCUUCGCUGGAGAAAUUGAACUUGGAUAUAUAUAUGCCAUGGGGGAAGAUGAUCAACCUCACCUCGUUUUCGGUUUUGAAAGAACUCACUGUCACUCCCAGCCAUUUGGCUGGGAGUCGUCAUGGUAGUGAAUAUCUCGAUCACAAAACAGCUCCCAUGAGGGGGCUUCUACCACCAAGUCUCGAACAUCUAACCUUCUGGGACCCAAGGUCAGGGUACUACCAGCACGAGGAUUACUCUCUGUAUGAGAAUUCUUACCUUAAAUUCAUCAUUCAUGUUGGAGCAAAUUCUCGUCUUCUUCGGGACUUUUGCCUUUGGGAUGUCUACCGACUCAUUGCAAGUGGGGAGCUUCCCAAUCUCUCACAUUUCACGUGUGUACUAGCUCCUCCUCUGCCUAUUGGUUAUUAUGCGACGUCCGAAACGGUUACGGCGAGAAUAAGACAGGAGGAGGAAGCCUUCAAUGCGAGAAUGUUUGAUACAACACGAACAUUUAUCGAAGCCUUCCGCGAGUUGGGGGUUCAGCUUUCUCUAUUGCACGAUGAGUUGCCUGUGUCAAAAAUCAACGACUGGGCUAGCCCACGCGAGCUCAAUUCUCAUCGCUCUUUGGUGAAUCGUUCCACUUUUUGGUGA